AUAUGCUUGGAGCCGUUCCGGGACCAGAGCCUGGUCCGCGCCCUGCCGUGCCACCACCUCUUCCACGCCGAGUGCAUCGCCCGCUGGUUCCGCAAGCACCACGACACCUGCCCCAUCUGCAUGGCGCGCGACGACUCCGUCUCCGGCUCCGGCUCUGGCGGAAGCGCGUUGCCCGAGCCGCCGCCCCCUGCGUUCCUGGCAUUCUGA